AUGUCCCCGGCUGCCGAACACGUGCCCUGGCGCUGGCUGGCAGCAGGCAGAGCAUCGCGGAGGCUGGUGCUGGUGGUGGUGUUCGUCGCGCUGCUGCUGGACAACAUGCUGCUGACCGUCGUGGUACCGAUCGUCCCCACCUUCCUUUAUACAACCGAAUAUGAAGGUGCCAACAGCUCUGUUGCCCCAGCCCAGGCUAAGCCGGCUCCUCCAGCCUUGAAGGCUCCUCCUUUCUCCUCCAUGUUCUCCUAUUUUGACAACACUACGGUGACUGUCUCGGGCUCCGCCGGCUCUGCCGGGCAGGUGAACGGGACGGAGAGCAGCCGCCCACCGCAGCCCCCUGCCAGCAGCCCACCGGUGCCGAGUGGAUGCCCGGAGGGUGAGGAGUUCCUCGCCAAGGAAAACGUCCGUGUGGGGCUGCUGUUUGCCUCCAAGGCUCUCGUACAGCUGGUGGUCAACCCGUUUGUGGGUCUCCUGACCAACAGGAUAGGAUACCACAUCCCCAUGUUCAUCGGAUUCAUCAUCAUGUUCCUCUCCACAGUCAUGUUUGCUUUCUCAGGCACCUACACCUUGCUGUUCAUCGCCCGAGCCCUCCAAGGCAUUGGGUCAUCGUUCUCAUCAGUCGCAGGCUUGGGCAUGCUGGCCAGCGUGUACACGGACGACUUCGAGAGGGGCAACGCAAUGGGGAUCGCUCUUGGAGGCUUGGCCUUGGGUGUGCUGAUUGGGGCCCCCUUUGGGAGCGUGAUGUACGAAUUCGUGGGGAAAUCGUCUCCCUUCCUGGUCCUGGCAUUCCUCGCCCUCUUGGAUGGAGCUCUGCAGCUCUGCAUCCUGCAGCCCUCUAAGAUCUGCCCCGAGAGGACCACAGGCACCCCGGUGUUCACCCUCCUGCGAGACCCCUACAUCUUGGUGGCUGCAGGAGCCCUCUGCUUCUCCAACAUGGGGGUGGCCAUGCUCGAGCCCACCUUGCCCAUCUGGAUGAUGCAAACCAUGUGCUCCCCGAAAUGGCAGCUCGGGAUGGCGUUCCUCCCUGCCAGUGUAUCCUACCUCAUCGGCACCAAUCUCUUCGGGAUUCUGGCUAACAAAAUGGGCCGGUGGCUGUGCUCCCUGAUCGGCAUGGCUGUGGUGGGAAUCAGUCUCCUUUGUGUACCUCUGGCCAAAAAUAUUUAUGGGCUGAUUGGCCCGAACAGUGGCCUUGGCUUUGCCAUAGGGAUGGUGGACUCCUCAAUGAUGCCCAUCAUGGGUUACCUCGUGGACCUUCGCCACACCUCUGUCUACGGCAACGUCUAUGCCAUAGCUGAUGUCGCCUUCUGCAUGGGCUUUGCGAUUGGUCCAUCCACAGGCGGUGCGAUUGUACGAGCUAUUGGGUUUCCCUGGCUGAUGAUCAUCAUUGGAGUUAUCAAUAUUGCUUAUGCUCCUCUCUGUUGGUACCUACGUAACCCUCCUGCUAAAGAGGAGAAGAUU